CUUUUAAAUUCAUCAUCGUUGUGACACAAACAUGAUUUAAAUAUUUUAUUAUUUUUAAAAGAAUUGAAUAACAUUAUAAACAUACUGCUAAGAAAUGUUUCCCGGAAUUUUAGUCAGAAGAAUUGGACCAGCCAUAACAAAAACCUUUGCUCGUAACGUACAAAAUGCAAAUGUAAAACCUCUGGCUAACGUUAAACCAGAAUUGUAUUUGACUGAUAAGUGUGUCGAAAGACUGAAGAAAUUGGCCCAAAAUGAAGCCUGCUUUUUGAGAGUCACUGUAGAAGGAGGUGGAUGUUCUGGUUUCCAGUACAAAUUUGACUUGGUGUCCAAAAUGAAUGAAGAUGAUAAAGUAUUUGAAAAAAAUGGGGCCAAAGUUGUAAUUGAUGAAACAUCUUUGGAAUAUGUUAAAGGAUCUACAGUUGAUUAUCAGGAGGAACUGAUUAGAUCUUCAUUUAAAAUUGUUAACAAUCCCUUGGCUGAACAGGGGUGUUCUUGUGGUGCAUCAUUUGCAGUCCGAUUAGAUUAAUAGAUGUUUUUUGUUUAGAAAAUUUAUUGUAUAUAAUGUAAAUAUAUAUUUAUUUAGACAUA